AUGAGUCUCACAGGCAAAGUAGUGCUUUUAACCGGCGCAAGUUCUGGAAUCGGUGCUGCAACAGCUGUAUUCUUAUCAAAGUUGGGCGCUCAACUAUCACUGACUGGUAGAAACGUCGAGAACUUGAAAAAAGUUUGUCAAGAAUGUGAGGAGCCUUCGUCAAUCUUUUCUAUUCCUGCUGAUUUGACGAAAGAAAGUGACAUUGAAAAAAUUGUAAAGAACACAAUCGAUCAUUAUGGUAAAAUCGACGUAUUGGUAAACAAUGCGGGCAUUAUUGAGACAGGCACGAUUGAAAAUACGUCUUUAGGGCAGUACGACCGUCUGAUGAACACGAAUGUCCGUUCUAUAUAUCAUUUAACGAUGCUAGCAGUUCCACAUUUGAUCAAAACGAAAGGUAACAUCGUGAACAUAUCCAGUGUUAAUGGUAUUCGUUCUUUCCCUGGAGUUCUUGCUUACAAUGUGUCGAAAGCUGCUGUAGAUCAGUUCACAAGGUGUGUAGCCUUGGAAUUGGCACCAAAAGGUGUGAGGGUGAACUGUAUCAACCCUGGAGUCAUUCUGACUGAGUUACAAAAGCGGGGAGGUAUGACAGAAGAGCAGUAUGCAGCAUUCUUGGUGCGGACUAAGGAGACUCAUGCUCUGGGUCGCCCAGGCCAACCCGAUGAAGUAGCUGCUACUAUUGCUUUCUUGGCCAGUGACCUGGCCAGCAAUAUCACUGGAGUCAGUGUGCCUGUAGAUGGAGGCAGACAUGCUAUGUGCCCUCGAUAA